CCCACCUCUCUCUCCCACUCUCUCACUCUCUGUACGGACAAAAAUACUCUCUCUCUCAUAUUUUCUUUUCUCUCUCUAAAAGGUAUAUAUAUAAAUAGUGUGUUUCUAUGUAUGAAUUGGGGAGAAUUUUGAUCUAGAAUCGGAAGCCCAAGAAAUUUCCUUUUUUUUUCUUCUCCGGCGAGAUCCGAACUUUCCGGGGAGAUUCUCCGGUGGACGAUGCUCCACUCUCCGGUAAGGUUCUCUGGUAAAUUAAGUUCCUUUACCAAGAAAUGCUAGAUCCUUUCGUUUCGGUUCACCCCCGAUCCAAAGCCUGGUUCCACAAGCGGAAAAAGAACUAGAAAAAUUUCGAAUCAAAUUUGUUAACUUUUUUUUGUACCAUAUUUCAAUAGAUUUUUUGUGCUGGUUUUUUGUACAGUCCGUACAAUUAGGGUUAGGGUUAGGCUUUUUUUGAAGUUUCCAAUUUGGGGGUUUUUUUUUGUAUUAGUUUUUGUACAUAUUAUGGUUAAAUUGUUGAGUUAGAGCUGAAUUUUGAAUUGAAUUUUGUGAAAAUUGUAAAUUUGGGGGAAAGUGGCUAAGAUGAAUUUGAGUGCUACCGAGGAGGAAUCGCCGUCUACGGCGGCUGCGGCUGCUAAAGAGGUUCAUAUUCCGGCCGAGAUUGACUGGGAAAUGCUUGAUAAAUCGAAGUUUUUCUUCCUCGGUGCUGCACUAUUUUCAGGCGUGUCGGGGAUGCUUUACCCGAUUGUGGUGUUGAAAACUAGGCAACAAGUAGCUCAAUCAGAAGUGUCUUGUAUCAGGACUGCUUUUUGGAUUGUAAGGAAUGAAGGGUUUAGGGCAUUGUAUAGAGGAUUUGGAACUUCCUUGACGGGCACGGUUCCAGCCCGGGCGCUUUACAUGACUGCAUUGGAGAUUACAAAGAGUAAUGUGGGCUCGGCCACGGUUAGGUUAGGGGUUCCAGAGCCGACUGCCACCACAGUCGCCAAUGCAGCUGCAGGGUUGAGCGCCGCGAUGGCUGCACAACUUGUUUGGACUCCAAUUGAUGUGGUGAGCCAAAGGUUGAUGGUUCAAGGUAGUAGUAGUAGUAGUUGUGGUGGGAAUUUGAAUUCACGUGUUGCUAAUGUGUCGGCGUGUAAAUAUGCUAAUGGGAUCGAUGCAUUUAGGAAGAUUUUGAAUACAGAUGGGCCAAGGGGGUUGUAUAGGGGGUUUGGGAUAUCGAUAUUGACAUAUGCGCCAUCUAAUGCGGUGUGGUGGGCAUCUUACUCUAUUGCACAAAGGAUGGUAUGGAGUGGAUUUGGAUAUUACUUUUGCAAGAAAGAUGGAUAUGGUAAUGAGAAUGGGGUGAACACGUUUAGGCCAGAUUCGAAAACUGUAAUGGCAGUUCAGGGAGUCAGUGCAGCCAUGGCAGGUGGUGUUUCAGCUUUGAUUACAAUGCCACUUGAUACAAUUAAGACCAGAUUGCAAGUCUUGGAUGGGGAAGAGAAUGGGCGUCGAGGACCAACUAUUGCACACACAAUUAGGAAUUUGGUUAAGGAAGGAGGUUGGAUGGCUUGUUACAGAGGAUUGGGGCCUCGGUGGGCUUCAAUGUCCAUGUCUGCAACAACAAUGAUCACUACCUAUGAGUUUCUGAAGCGAAUGUCAACAAAGAAUCAGGAAGCUGUGACAUGAUGAGAUGAAAAUGAAAAGAGGUCUUUUCUUUGAUCUUUGUCUAAAUCCUGUUUAUUUUCCCUUACUUGUUUCUGUUGUUCUCUGUUUUGGCCUUUUUUUCGGUCUCCUUAUAGCCUGCUUUACUGGUUAACCAUUGUAAGUCAUGGCAGAUUUUAUAUAUGAAUAUAUAUAUAUAUAUGAAAUAAUUCCUUUUUUAUUUGUUCCUUCACUACACCAGUACACCUUAUGUAUGUUAUCUCAAUAUGGUGUUAUCCAGAACUUCUGGUUCAUGUAAUUUGCAAAGCUCAAUAGCAUAAUUUUGGGUUCUCUUUGUGUUUAUAAAACAUUUGUUUCACUUUC